AUGGAGUUUCCACGGCCGGCUCGGCCGGUCAUUCUGGCCGUCCUCCUCUUGUCGCUGGCCGCGCAUUCCACGCAGACUACUUACGACGAGUUUCUGGACAAUAUCGAGAGCGUUCUUAACGGGUCCAAGCCCCUCGGCAAGAUUGACUCCAUGCUGUUCACGCAGGCCAAUCAGUACAACUUGGCUACCAGCAAUAAAGCCGGCACCAAAUCCGUCUCCCCAAGAUCUGGCUUCCGCAGUAACUCGAUCCGCAGCUCGUCCGCGCCGGACCCUGGCGUCGACAGUAGCAGCGGCAGUAUCGGCGACAAUACCGGCGGCAGUGGCGGCAGCAGCGUCGGCUUGAUAUCGCGUUUCUUUGGUUAUUUCUUCGGCGUCCGCACCACCACCAGCGCGACAACAUCGGGGUUUCCCCAACGCGGUCCGCCGCUGUCCGUCUACCAGACCGGCGUGCAAUGGCUGAGCAGCAGCGCGGCAGGCAGCAAAUCCAACCCUCGGCCGGUCCUCCUGGCCGUCCUUCUCUUGUCGCUGGCCGCGCAUUCACACACGCAGACGACGUACGACUCAUUUCUUGACCAAAUCGAGAGCGUUCUUAACGGGUCCACGCCCCUCGGCAAGGUUGACUCCAUCUUGUUCACGCAGGCCAAUCAGUACAACCUGUACCUCAGCAACAAAGCCGGCGCUAAUUCCGCCUCCUCCUCAUCCGCUUUCCGGAGCGCCUCCGUCUCUAGCACCACGGGCACUGGUGGAGAUCCGGGCGGCACUGGCGGCACCGGCGGCGGCACUGGCGGGGGUAGUGGCGGGGGGAGUGGCGGGGGCAGUGGCGGCGGCAGCGGGAGCAAUCUAGGCCCUUUCUUACGCUUCAUCCUCUCCCUCAUUCGCUCUGCGUCCAAGUCCAACGCGCCCCCUCUCAAACUCCUUCAACAGAGCGUGCAAUGGCUCAGCACCAACGCGACCGUGAUCAAAUCGAAUCUCGCGAAGCUGAACUCGAUCCUCAAGCUGCUCCGACAGCCGAGCCUCGCGAAGGCGCUGGGCUCCAUGCGCGCCGCGUUCUUCGUUUCGCCCGGCGCAAAGGUCUUGCUGGAAGCGGAGGGAAUCACGCAGCUAGCAGCCGCCCAGAGCGGCGUGCCUGCUACGAACGUCUCCUAUGUGAUCCUCCGAGCCAAGAGCGAGUGCCUCGCUGAUGUGAGAAAGGUGGAGAUCCGCAACGCUCCUUACGGGAAAACGGGGAAGCUUGUAAUGGAGAUCCCGGUCCGCCGCCUCCUCGUCGUGCUGCUCCUCCCUCUCCUCGUUGUGUGCUCCACGCUCACGAGCGCUCAAUCGGCCCCCUACGAUCCGUUUGUGGAUUACAUACAAGGCAUUCUGAACGGCUCGAUUCCCGUGGGGAAGAUAGACUCCCUUCUCUUCACCCAGGCCAACAGCCACUCUUCUUUUCCCCUCUCUAUCGGUCUGCACUUCAAACAGACUCCCGAGAAUGUCUCAUACGUAAAAUUCUACGUGAACAGCAAAUGCUUACCCAACGUGCAGAAAGUGGAGAUUCGCUCGGCGCCGCAGAGCGCGCCGAACCUGGGAGGGUUCGAGUUUCCCGUGAUUAAGGAGGCGAAGCGGGUGGUGCUGGUUCGACACGGGGAGAGCACGUGGAAUGCGACGGGCAGAAUUCAGGGCAGCUCGGACUUUUCCGUGCUGACCGCGAAGGGCGAGAGCCAAGCGGAGACGAGCCGGCAGAUGCUAGCGGCAGACUCGUUCGAUGUGUGCUUCCAUAGCCCGUUGCAGCGGUCAGCGCGGACAGCGGAGGUUAUUUGGGCGGCGCGCACGGCACCCAUGAUCCCGCUGCACGAUCUGAGGGAGAUUGAUCUGUACUCGUUUCAGGGCCUGUUCAAAGAAGAGGGCAAAGCACGGUUCGAAGAGGGCAAAGCACGGUUCGGUGAGAACUACCGCAUGUGGCAGAAGGACGCAGCAAAUUUCGAGAUUGACGGGCACUACCCCGUGAGGGAGCUGUGGGCGCGCGCAGCGGCGUGCUGGCAGGAAAUCCUGAGGAGCGAAGGGCGGUCGGUGCUGGUGGUGGCACACAACGCCGUCAACCAGGCUCUAGUGGCCACUGCCACAGGUGGGCGGUCCGUGCUGGUGGUGGCACACAAUGCUGUCAACCAGGCUCUCGUGGCCACUGCCACAGGUGGGCUUUAA